AUGGCGAAAGAGCGUGGUCCUCCACACAGAUAUUCUACUCGCCCUGCAUCUAAUACAUACCGGCCGAAACCCAGUGGAACCGAUAAAUACCGCCCCAAAUGGGCUCCGCGCGACAACGGAUCUCGACCUGAUCAUCCGCGGAGUUAUGAGUCGUACCGACCCGGAGACGACGGAGUACGCGAGCGCCGUGAAAAACCCAGACAAGAGGACGUGCCCAGCCUGCCACCUGUCCGGUCUGCAGUCACAAAAACCAGGCAUGAACGAGCCACCAAUCCCUCCACGAGAAUACAUUCGCUGAAGAAUCAGUUGCAAAAACAAGAGCUCCCUGGCACAAUUCGACAGGAAAAGGAGCGCGAGCUUGCCGCCCUGCUGUUUGAGCAGGAACAGAACAAACUCAAACAGGAGGCCAGAAAGAAUCUCCAGCGCUAUCAUUUUAUCCGGUUUGUAGAGCGACAGAAAUCGGAACGAAAUCUCAAAAAGCUGGUUAGGCAGAGAGAUUCUUGCAAUGAUGAAAAUGCGAGGAAGGAGCUCGAAAAGCAGAUACACAUCACGGAGGUGGAUCUCAACUACGCCAAGUACGCUCCUUUGGGUGACAAGUACAUUAGCCUGUUUCCGAACGACCACACCGACAACAAAGACAAGAGGAAGCGAGCGAAGUUUCAAAUGAACAGACUCGACUUUGCCAUCCUGGACGAGGAGCAGCAGAGGGAGCUUCGCAGUCAGUACGAGCAAGCAGCCAACGUGGUCCGCACUGCUGCAGGCGAUAAACCACCCAUGUGGUAUCAAAUUGAGGAACGGAUGGAAAAGGGAGAGGCACAGCUGGAUUUAUUACGCGAGGGCAAGCUGACUACUGGCAAACAGCUCAAGACCAGCCUGGCCACACUCGGCGGGAAGGAAGAUGCUCGAAUGCGCAGUACCAAUGGGCCCGAUCUGACGGAGGCGAAGCCAGACUGGCUCGACCACGACGGUGUCAUCGACCCUGCCGAUCUGGACAGUGACCAGGACGAAGACAUGAGCGAUGGAGGUUUCUUCGAACGCUGA